AUGCGAAGUGAAUAUCAUGUUGACUUGCCAUUACUCCAGUUUUCAGUUUUGACAGUACUUGCCGCCUUUGCUGCAAUCUCAUCGUCUGCGUCGAUAAGUAACCACGUCAAUUUUGAAGUCAUUGCUUUUCGCUUGAUAUUAGCAAAGCUCCACGUCCAAAUACUUCCUUCAAACUUCCAUGAUGAACUUUCCAGAAAUCCAAAUUAUGAAAAGUGUGCAAUAAAGCAUAAGUGUGCUUUUAAAAAUGGGGCCGAUAACGAAUGA